UAGUAGUGCUUUCUGUUUGAAUACUUUCCUUACUCUAGUCCCCGAACCCAAAGCACUUCUCCAAACUGUCUGAGGGAGUAGAGGGGAAGUGGUUGUUCAAAAUUGCCAAAACUUUCCUCUCUCAUAACUGACAUUUGGCAGCAUGGCAGGCGGAUCUGUGUCGGAGUGUAAGGAGUACUUGUUUAAAGUUUUGGUGAUCGGGGAACUUGGUGUGGGUAAGACGAGCAUCAUCAAACGAUACGUGCAUCAACUCUUCUCGCAACACUACAGAGCGACCAUAGGCGUGGAUUUUGCACUUAAAGUCCUCCACUGGGACAGCAAAACACUAGUGCGGCUACAGCUAUGGGACAUCGCAGGUCAAGAGCGGUUUGGGAACAUGACCAGAGUUUAUUAUAAGGAGGCGGUGGGUGCGUUUGUUGUUUUUGACAUUACCCGAGGCUCUACAUUCGAGGCUGUUUCAAAAUGGAAGCAUGAUUUGGACAGCAAGGUGAAACUGGCCAAUGGCAAUCCCAUCCCGUCUGUCCUUCUGGCCAAUAAAUGUGACCAGAAGAAAGAUGGAUCCAGCAAUUCCUCACUUAUGGACAACUUCUGCAAGGAGGCUGGGUUUUUGGGUUGGUUUGAAACAUCAGCUAAGGACAACAUCAACGUUGAUGAGGCUGCCCGGUUCUUGGUGGAGAACAUCCUUCUCAAUGAUAAAGGUAUUUCCUAUGAAGAAAACAAUGGUGACAAGAUUAAACUGGACCAACAAACAGUGCCUGCUGAGAGCAAGCCAGGUUGCUGCUAGUGUGGAUGCUCUUGUGUGUCGCAUUAUCUGCUGUGGAUAGGAGCCAGGAGGCUCAACAAAUUCCCCAUACCCCAUCCCAUCUCAUCCCUGCCACGGAUCACAAUCACAACCAGGGGCCAACAGAUGUUAGUUUGAGCUCUAAAAGGGGAGAAGACAUCACCAAAAGGACAGAUGAUCUGAUCAGAUAAAACAUCUUUCUGGUGUUUUUAAUGACCAGUUUUUCUCUCUUGCUCUGUGCCUUGUUUGUCCUUUGUAUAGUGUCAAGCAAGUUACUUCAAUGUGUGCAUGUUGUAAUAUUGCUUAAAAUGAAUGAAACUAAAUGGGUGUCAUAGGACCAGGCAAGUACCAGUAAAAGUUCUUUGCCAAAAUU